CUUUUGUUUCAUUUACAGAGAUUUUUGCUUGUUACUGUUUAGUAAAGAUGAGGAAUUACAGUCCAGUGUCGCUUAAAAUAAUUUUUUUCAUGUUAAAUAAACUGACAACAUGUUUGUUUUUGUAAACCGUGGACGAUUAGUUCAGGUUUUAACAUUUGCCCUAGUGGGGAAGUUGCCAAUAGGACUUUUGACUUUUGUCUCUUGACCCUUCUUCCCUUUCUGCACCCAACAAAUGUGACCCGUCACAUUUCAUCACAUAUCAGCAUGUGCAGUACUUUGACUGUUUGUCGAUCUUCACUCAGGGUGGACUAUGAAAGGAUAAAAGCUGCGGGCCCAGACCGAGCAGCAGCAGAGUGGUUGCUGAGAUGUGGUGCUAAAGUGCGCUUCCAGGGUUUUGAUCGCUGGCAUCUCGACUACAACGCAUUGCCAACUGGGUCUCUGGGCAGAUACAAGAUCCAGGCGAUUGACGCCACUGAAUCCUGCAUCAUGUACAAAGGGUUUGACUACCUGGAUGGUUUGAAACAUUUGGAAGAAGUCAAGUUCAAUAAGUGUAUCUACAUUGAAGAUGCCUGUCUGGAGAGGCUGACCUCCAUAGAGAACCUGCAGGAGAGCUUGUACAUGAUGGAGGUGGUGUCGUGUGGAAAUGUGACUGAUAAGGGUAUUAUCGCCCUGCACAAACUCAGGAAACUGGAGUAUCUGUUUCUCAGUGAUCUUCCCGGAAUCAAAGACAGACAGACAACAGUUGACAGGCUGCAAACUGCACUUCCACAUCUGGAAAUACAGCUGGACCUGGACUGAUCGUGUGAAUGGCACACAGCACAACAUCCAUUAUACUUAGGUUUUGAGGGUUUUUUGUCACGAGAAGGUGUGGCGUAAUCAUUCACAGAGUUGUCAUUUUGUCAGUCCAACAAAGAGUCAAAUGAAAUCGCUGGUGACACUAGUUCACUGUGAUAUUUAUUCAAAGUAACUCCAUAUGUGUGUACAUAGAGAAAGCAAUUGAAAAGGUUUAUUUUAAGAGUAAUUUACAUCUUCUUUUUAGAUUAUUUUGGCAUUCAUCAUUAAAUAUCUGAGGACAAACAGAUGGCUGAAAACAUCCUUAGCACCAAUAUUCCAGAGACGUUGAGUACAGUGUGAAUGCUGCUAAUAAAUGUUUGUGAAAGUGGGAUAAAGGAUGUUUAAUGUCUGUAUUUACUCCUAAUGUCAAUAAAUAAGAUUUUCUGAAACGCU